AUGCCUCGCAAGACCAAAUCCACUCUGGCAAACCAUAGUUUCCCAGCGUUCUAUGCGUGCUAUCUCCUAAAGAGUGUACGCACGCUACGCUCUACAGCGUUUGUAUCUUAUUUCAGGACAUACAUUGGGAGUACCCCGAGCCCCCCUCGCCGAAUUAGGCAACAUAAUGGUGAAAUCACUCAAGGCGCGUGGAAAACCAAGCACAAUCGUCCUUGGGUUAUGCAAAUGAUAGUACACGGAUUUCCUUCCAAAUUGGCCGCUUUGCAGUUUGAGUGGGCUUGGCAGCAUCCCCAUAUUUCACGACACCUCCGCGACAACGACGGCCAGGCUGUUUUCAGCGAAAGUAACAGACGGAAAAACCUCAAAUCAAACGUAUCGGUCGCGCGAAGUAUGAUCUGUUCUCACCCUUAUAGCACAUGGCCUUUACGUGUCGCCCUGUUUACCGAAGAGGCUUCCAAAGCCUGGAAGGACGCAUCCACAUCGUUGAUCUCAAAAAACGCCGACCCUCUCGCUACCGCCUUGUGCCCCACACCAGGUUGUCAUGCCGUCUCUCAUCUGUUGUGUUUGUCCGAGAGUUUCCUACGCCUCACCUCCUCAAAUAAGCAGGUCAUCCCCAGAGGCGGUGAAUGUAGCUCAUGUGGCUCAUACGUCUUGUGGGGAGAUGUCAUACGU